AUGGGAGCCGCGUAUACAGAUGAGCACCGUGAUUCGGAAUCCUCAUACAAUGGUGAGGAGGAUGGUCUGGUGUCUGGGGUGCCUCGUGCUCUUGGAAAAAAAAGGUUCGCAGCCAUGAUUAAGUUGAUACCGGCUUUUUUCGUCGCGUCUCUUAUACUCAACGUCGCCCAAUUUGUUUACCUCGCUGUGCACAAGCCACAGUGCCGCUCCCUCUUUGCGAAGUUACCCGAGCGAGAAAUUGAGAUUCCGUUCCAUUACGCCACUGAGUACAGCGACGACGAGCAUACUCUUGAGGAGAAAGACGCUCUCUGGAAUGCAAUUGAUGUCAGUGAUGGGUUUAUAGCUAUUACUCAUGAAGAAGCAGAUCGUCUGGGUGCUCCACGGUCACAGGUGUUUCCCUGGGAUAUUAACAAAGGCAUGUAUGUCACCCAUGGGUACCAUGCUCUUCACUGCACCGUUCUUCUCCAUGCGUACACCUACGACUCUCAUAUCGGGAAAAAGCCUCUGGUAUCAUAUCAUCAUAUAGAGCACUGUCUUGACCUUCUUCGCCAGGAUAUCAUUUGCGCAGCGGACGACUUUUUGGAUUAUACAAAGGACCAUGGUGACCAGUUCCUUGUCGCGGAAGGGCAGCCACGUCAAUGCCGUGACUGGAGUAAACUUGAGGCGUGGGUGAAGGAGCGAAGCUCUUGCUACAAGACUGUCAACAUCACUCGAGCGGGUGAAGACCACGGUAUUGCUCAUCAACUUGAUCGGUACACAUACUGUCCACCUGGGAGCCCAUACGAGCCUUUGGUUCGUGCGUAUAAAGACCUCGCUCGUGUGAACUCGGGAAACUUGGACCACAGUGCAUUUUCAGAGUUGACUCCAGAGGAGCAGAUGGCUGAGCUUGAAUCUGUGAAUGAGCACAACAGUGCCAUUCUAAACGAGGGUGCUUAA